AUGGUGCAACUGAGGGCGACGUUGCUGCUCUUGAUCGUCGCCCUCUCCCUUUUUUUCUGUGCCAUCGGAGGGUGAGAGGCAGCUCAAACCAUCCUCCUCCGUCCAGAGCAUCUCUAUUGCUGUCAUCUGUCUGCCGUGAUGUGUUGACCCCCUCGUUGUGGUGUGUUUGUAUUUUUUUUGCCAUCCUCAGGAAGAGCUAUUACGAUGUGUUGCAAGUUCCUCGAGGGGCCUCAGAGGAUCAGAUCAAGAGAGCCUAUAGGAAGCUCGCGCUGAAGUACCAUCCCGACAAGAACCCCGGCAAUGAAGAAGCCAACAAGAGAUUCGCAGAGAUCAAUAAUGGUAUGGAUUGGGUUAUUUGGUGAAAUGGUUUCGCUGCAUAUAAUUUCCGGGAUUUUGGUAGGACUGAUGCCCAUGGAUCAUUAUUCUGAUUUAUCGUUAUGAAAAUAUGUAGCCUAUGAGGUGCUCUCCGAUCGUGAAAAGAGAAACAUCUACGACCGGUACGGUGAGGAAGGCCUGAAGCAGCAUAGUGCAGGUGGGGGAAGGGGUGGUGGGAUGAACAUUCAAGAUAUAUUUAACAAGUGAGUGGAAUCUCUCUCUCUCUCUCUCGCUCGCUCUACGCAUGUCUUUCUAUCUUUCUAUCUACAUAUCAAUAUUUAUCUCCUUAUCCGUGUGUGUGCAUGCAUUUGUUCCUGGUCGUGGUGGCACAAAUGAGUCAUUGUAGUGAGCUUUUUGACUGACUAGCCUUUUCCUCUCUCUAGUGUCGUCCUCUAGGCCAAAUGGGUAUAGCAUCUCAAGUGAUGUCCAUUGUGUACAAAAGAUGGUUCAUGCUUACUUGAAUCUGAAUAAAGUCGUAUCAACCCUCACAGGAGCUGGAUGGUUCAGUAUACGUUUUUGUCAUGACAUCCAUUCGCUUGUCAAGCUGGAUUGACAACAAUUUCAGUUCACCUAGUCCUGAUAUUAUGGAUAGGCGCCAUAUCCUUUCGGAUGAAACGACUAGGAGGUGUCUGGUUGCAAUGCGAGGACACAAUUAGGUCGCAAUUAUGUCAUUUUUUAUGACGUCUGAGUUCUUUUUAGAAACAUAAGCUUGCGAUAAACUCGUCAUUGUUACGAUAACUCCCUCAUCAUCAUAUCAAUGCUGUUAUUUCACUCUAGUCCCAAUAGUGAUUGGAUGUAAAAGCUGCUCUAUAUUUAAUUUUCAUAUGUUCAAUUUACAAGACCUGAACCACGUCCAAAAAUCACAUUUAUACUGUUAAUUCUUGUGCGUUAUCAGUAUACCAUUUAUGAUUGAUGCAGCCACUAUAUCAGAUCUGUGAUACCUCAGAUGCAUUUUCUACAUGGCAACGAAAAAUCUCCUCAAAAAAUAUUUUCACUGCAGCUGCUGAAAGCAAUAGUUGAAUGAUGUCCUUGUAUCAAUUGUGUUGAUUCUUGUUCUUCUGCUUCUGGGUCUUCUACCUUAUCUUUUAUGACCAUAGAACACUGCAGUUUUGGUUGAUGUACUGAUAUGACCGAUUGAAUUGUAAUUAUGCAAUUAAUCAUUCCUGUUUCAAUCUGUUUAAUUUCAAUAAUAAUUUCCAUUUUUUUUUCUACAUAUAUUAAUACUGAGUGUUAGAAGAAAUUUCUAUGGGUCUGAUAGCUAUGCUUAAGCCUUGAGAAAGAGUGUUUUUCCGGUGACCACUUAGCCUCUUGUGCAAAUGUGGUUAUUGACACUUUUCAUAGUUUAGAUAUGGACAAUUUUUAUGCUUUGUCCAUUUUUCAAUUGUGUUCCAUAGUCUAGAACGAAUGAGACAAACUAAAGGAGCAGUGAAACGGAGAACGAAAUAAAUGGGUUUUGCAAUCUUUAUUUCCUUCUCUUCCUCCUACAGUAUAUUUUUAAUUUGAUUGUCAAUGACGUGUUGUAAUAGGUAAGGAAGGGUCACUUUUAUGGUAUUUUGAAAUGUCUAUUAUAUGUGAGAAGAAAAAAUAACAUUUCGUGGGAGGUUCUUUGGCUUUCCCUUAGCUUCUUUGGUGGUGGAGUACCUGACGAGGAAGAGGACAAAGUUGUAAAAGGUGAUGACGUGAUUGUAGAAUUGGAUGCGUCAUUAGAAGAUUUAUACAUGGGAGGUUCCUUAAAGGUAUGUCACCCAACGUAUUAGUUUCCUCUGAUCCACACUUUCAUGGAAAGAGUUCCUCUUCUACAGUGUUUCCCAAAGGGUACAUUUUACUUGUUUCGUAGAGUCAAAAUAUUUGGAAGUUUUGUAAUAUUUAAUUCUGAUGCUGUUUCUUCAGUGACCUGCUCCGCAUGUUUCUAGAGUUCACUUACCUCUUCUUUAUUUGUUCCGCACUAGAUAAUCUUUGUGCGUUGGAUCAACAGAGGUUCCACAAAGGCUUGGAGCUUGUCACUUUUCUUUUUUUCUUUUUCUUUUUUAAUUUUUUACCGCUGUGGGUUGGGUGUGCAUGGUUGAAUGAUUCAUAAGAUGUCACUAAUUUAAGUGGGGGGGUCAUCUCCAGUAUGUUUCUGCACGUCACAUGACCCCUUAGAAGUCUUAACGGAAAAAAAGGAGUCACUUUGUUGCAAUCUUGACUAGUUGGAAAAGAACUCUUCAUGAAUAUCCCUUCCAGCUUCCAGGUUAGGUCAUCAUUUAGGUUGCAAAUUUACCUCACCCGGACAAAAGUGUGACCAUUAAAGAUAAUUGUUGAGGACACAUUAUGGCAAAAAUUGAGCAUUAGACACGGAUGCUGAGAUGAUCAGUAAAAUAAGAAAACAAGUAUUUUAGACAAGUUUAUCUUUUACUGUGUCAGAUGGGUGUACCCUUUUUGAAUGUUAAAUAUAUAUGAUUUAAAUCUUUUUUAUCUGUAUUUCAAGUCUUAUGGUCACUAUGAAACUAUCAGAUCCUAUUUUUCUAUAUCAACCCAGAUGUUUUGAAAGAAAAAUCUGUGUCCUAGCUGUUGAAAAUAAGUAGAAUUUGACCAUUAAAAACACAACCCAAAUGGUAGAGAUGAUGCUUUGUUUUAUUUUCAGGUUUGGAGGGAGAAGAAUAUUUUAAAGCCAGCACCAGGCAAAAGGCAGUGCAACUGUAGAAAUGAAGUAUAUCACCGGCAAAUUGCUCCUGGAAUGUUUCAGCAGAUGACGGAACAGGUACCUUAUAUUAGAUAGAAAUUUGAAUCUGAGUUCUGGUAUCGAGCUUCAUAUUGUAUGGAUGCGUGAACAAGCAUCUGUCGCAUCUGUCAGACUAUCGUUUCUGAGAUGGCUAUGGUUCUUUAGCCUAAGGGAAUUUUAUAAUUUUUUUAGUAUGUUUCUCUCUUUAGGUAUGUGAGCAGUGUCCCAAUGUCAAGUAUGAGAGGGAAGGCUACUUCCUCACCGUUGACAUUGAGAAGGGCAUGCGAGAUGGACAGGUACGGCUUUUUGUCAUAAUUCUUUGUCUGAUAUCGGAUUUGAAACAUUGAAUGCGUGUAUUUCUUCUAUAGGAACGAAAUAUGUUAUGUGACUUCAUUCGUGUGGUUGUUCAGAGACGUGAAAAAACUGGAAUGGGAACAAAAUUAGUUAUGCUCCAACACCAAAGUAUUGUGGGAAGUUGAGUACAUUGACAGAGAUAAGAUGCUUUCUUAGAAAAAGAGAUACAUCAUUGCCUUUAUAAGCCAAUCUAUAAGAUUAAUGCUUAAUCUGGUGAGGAAUUCGUGUUCAACUACUUAAUAACAUGCAAGGCGAGAUCUUAGUGAGGACAGUUUCCCUAGAGAAAGAUUGAUGUUUGGUGUUUUUCUUGCAUGACACAAUAUCGAUUUAUUGGGGUAAAAGUUCUAAGGAGAAUCUUUUUGGAAACGAUGAAUGCAGUUUAUUGGAUGAUUUCGAAACUCAGAACACUACGAUGAAGUUUGGAACUGAAGAGGACUAAAUUUCCCUGGGAAGAUCACGGGCUCUACAGUAUGUGUUUUCCUCUCGGGGUUUCCCUAAAUGAUCCAAUUGAUCAUUCCAGCCUCCAGUAAUUAGUGUGCCCGAGUGGGGUCCGAGGGGCACCUAUAAUUGCAAUAUUUAUCUAGAAAUUCUGGACGUGGAGGGAGAUGUUGAUAAAAUUAAAACUGAAGAAGCUGCUAGUGUAUGACGUUAUUUGAAUGUGUUUUUGCAUUUGGAAGCAUAAUAUGGAUCCAGUGGCUCUUUACUGGCACCGGACAUGCAAGUUUUGUGUCUUGGGAGAUCUCUUUGCACCUGCCUGGCAGGAUCUUUUCUGAUCUACAUUCUUAUCUGCUUGUCCAAAAUCUGCAAAAGGUCGUUGACUAUUUCGGAUGUCAAAGUCAUGCUCAGCUGUCAGGUGAUGAUUUGGUGUUAGAUGAAACUCGGUGAAAUUAGUUCCAGAGAAACUACAGAUGUCAAGAAAUCCUCGAAAAAACUGGCAAAGUUAACAGUCUUCCACCCUCUGUUCUUCAUCUUAUAAGAUCCUCCGACAUUUUAAAAUCUGGCUAUUCUUAGCCCAAGUUAUUAUCAUGAUAAUCCUCCUUCGAAAUCUUAGCCCAAGUUAGAAUCAUCGUAUUAUUUAUCCAUGUUAUGUUCAUUAAUUCCAUUAACAACAGUUUCUUUGUGAUUAAAAAGAAAGAAAGAGGUAAAGCCGUACUUUUUAGACUUCUUGGAUGUUCACAUCAGCAGUACCGUUUGUUAACUUUCUACAUGGCAUUAUCUGGGUUUUUCACAGGAGGUCGUGUUUUAUGAGGACGGCGAGCCGGUGAUAGAUGGAGAACCAGGAGAUUUGAAGGUCUGGCAUAUCUAAUAUUCCCGUCGGAAUGAAAUGAUACCUGCAUAUAUUGACAGCGAAACUAACACUAUAUUAUCCUGUUUCCAGUUUAGGAUUAAAACUGCACCACAUGAGCGCUUCAGAAGGGAAGGAAAUGAUCUUCACACCACUGUAACGAUUACCUUGGUAACUAUUCUUCUCAGUCUCCGACUAUCUCCACUAGUUCUUUGUUUCUGUUAUUCAUUUACUUGUGUUAUUUAUUUAUUUAUUAAAACCUUGUACGUAAUACAAAAAUUCCGAACCAAAAUUCUCGUUUCUUUUUCACCAGUCUUUUAUCCUCGUCUUAGCCUUAUGGCAUGGCGUCGCUGGUUCUUCCAAGACAUGAAAAUUUAGUCUAUGGUUCGAUGCUGAAUCAUGUUGAUUCUAACUUCAUCUGAGUCUUGGGUUAUCUACAUGCAGAAUACACUUUUAGCAUUUAACUCUCCACAUCACAUCAUGACAUAGGUGAUAUUAAUGCAAAUGACAUUCCUAAUAGUACUCAUGUUGGAUUUUUUAUUUUAUUUAUAUAUUAACUUCAGACUAGUAUCUCCUCAGCUAGCUUUAUCAAUUCCAUGUGGUGUACUAGAUUGUGUGUUAGGGAGGUAUGAGGUCAAGUGCUUGCUAAUGAUUGCCCUGAAUCUUGUUUAAUCAAGGUUCCUCAAUUGACAGAGAAUGGAAAGGAUGAUUCCUGAUUUUGGUCAGAUCUGAGAAUUCUCAUAGAUUCAUGUCCCUUGGUGCUGAGUCAACGAUCAACACGAGGAAAACAUUGAAUUCAUGCCUUUUUUCUGUCUCGUUGACUUUCAUCUGACAUUCUAAUCUCCCGGGUGUGGUUUUCUUCAGCUUCAAGCCCUUGUUGGGUUUGAGAAGUCCCUGGUACAUCUUGAUGAGCACCUGGUGGAAAUCGGCACUGAGGUCAGUUAACCUGGGAUAUAUAUAGAUAUAGACUUUCCCUCUCUCUCUCUCUCUCUCUCUCUCUCUCUCUAGAUUCAUUUCUUUCUAGUUUAUGUUGUGACCCUGGUAGAGUCAUCUCCAGGGAAUCACUAAACCCAAGGCAGUGAGGAAGUUCAAAGGGGAAGGUAUGCCCCUCCAUUCGAGCAACAAGAAGGGCGAUCUGUAUGUUACCUACGAGGUCCUGUUCCCCUCAUCACUCACUGAAGACCAGAAGAGCAAGAUCAAAGCAGUACUCUCGUAG